GCGGUGCGGAGCCUGUCGGGGAGUGGCUCCGGGCAGGAGAGGCGAUCGCAGGCAAAGGAGCGCGGGACUUGGAUGCGGGAGUCCGAGCGCGGGCCGCGGUGUCAGGCAGCAGCAGGGGCGCUGCGCGCUCGCAGGCGGCCUCGGGGGUCGCGCAGGGCCUGGCUCCUCGAACCCAGCUUUCCAUGGAGGCGGCCGAGCUGGGCCCGGGGCUGGUGGAGCGUCUGGAGCAGCUGGCGACGUGUCCGCUCUGCGGGGGCCCCUUCGAGGAUCCGGUGCUCCUGGCGUGCGAACACAGCUUCUGCCGCGCGUGCCUGGCCCGCCGCUGGGGAGCCCCGCCGCGCCCUGGCGCCCCGGCGCUCCCCACCGCCUGCCCGCGCUGCGGCCUGCCGUGCCCCCGCCGCAGCCUGAGGUCCAAUGUGCGGCUGGCCGUGGAGGUGCGGAUCAGCCGCGGGCUGCGGGAGAAGCUGGCCGAGCCGGGCGUCCGCGUGGCGCGGCGUCGUGGGGGCCGCAUCCCCACCAUGGGCUACCUGGACCCCCACGGAGAGGGUAUGAGGGAGACAUGGAGAUGGUUUGAUGUGCCCACACCCAAGCCAUCCAGCUCAGAGGAAGAUCUCCCUGAAGAUUACCCAGUGGUCAAAAACAUGCUUCACAGACUGACAGCUGACCUGACGCUGGACCCAGGCACCGCGCAUCGCCGUCUGCUCGUCUCCGCUGACCGCCGCGGCGUCUGUCUGGCCCCACCCGGGACACCUGCACCCCCGGAUGGUCCCGCGCGCUUUGAUCAGCUCCCGGCGGUGCUGGGCGCUCAGGGCUUCGGUGCCGGGCGCCACUGCUGGGAAGUGGAGACAGCAGAGGAGGAGGCUGCCUGCAGCAGGAACUCCACGGCCGAGGACAAGGACUCGGACUCGAACGGCCGCUAUGUUGUGGGCGCAGCCGGGGACUCUGUGCCGCGCAAGGGCCGCAUCCCGCUGUGCCCAGACAAGGCUGUCUGGGCGCUGGAGAGCCGCGGGGGCCGCCUCUGGGCACUCACGGCCCCGGAGCCCACCCUGCUGCAGGGCGGCGCCGGGCCUGUGCCACGCCGCAUCCGCGUAGAUCUGGAUUGCGAGCGCGGCCGCGUGGCCUUCUAUGAUGGCCGCUCACUGGACCUGCUCUUCGCCUUCCAGGCGCCCGGGCCCCUGGGACAGUGCGUCUUCCCGCUGCUCUGCACCUGCGACCCCUGCACCCCACUGCGCCUCGUGCCAGGAGAGGGCUAAGCCCCAGCCCUACUCCUUCCCACUAGGCGGACCCCAGGCUGUUUCCUCUGGGGGAAGCAAACAGGCUCUUUCUGGGGCUGAAUCCAUACGCCCUGGCAGGGUGUUAAGUAUGCCCCUAACGCUACCAACAAAGGGCCCUCAGCUGGCCUCUGGGUGCAGUCUUCCAGGUCCAACGCCAUGCCCGAACUUCCCUCCGGGACUUUCCACCCCGCAGCUACACUGACACUUCCUGUGCUAUUACAGAGCUGACUUAGGGCUCGUGCUGUGGACUGAGGUCCUGCCACUUGUAGCUUCACAGGCUUCCUAGUCCUGACCACUGGCCACCUUUGCUCAAGAGAAGCAAGAGCUCGAUUCUGGCCUACAAGUUACAGACCCACGAAGCUUAAAAUCUUUUAGGGGCGGGAGAGUGCAAGCUGGUUCUGGUCCACCUUCCUUUUGUGGCUGCUCCUCUGCUGAAGAUGCUCCUAGGACUUCCCCCUGGAAGCAACCUCUCGUGCUGCUUCCUGCUCAAGCUGGCAGUGACCCACGCAUCGCAAACGUGUCCCCUUGUACAUAGUCUCCCAUCUUUCCCCAUAUGUAUAAAUGGGCCUGUAUUUAACACAUUUUGUGAGGUUGGGUUAUUUAUUUUGUGUAUCUGUGGCAAUAAACGAGACCUCAGUGGUGUCA